ACAACAAACAUGGACGCGAAAACAAGUCAAAAAACUAAACGCUCAUUUAAGAAGCCAUUCAUCUUUGCCAAGAACUGUGUCUACCGCCCAAUGCGACAGAUAAGCAACAUGGAACGAAACCAGAAGCUACCUGUUGACAGGCCGACAUACUUCACGCUUAAUGCACCGCCCUCACUGGUGCCGGCCAAGAAGUACUCGGACAUUAGUGGCCUGCCCGCACCCUAUAUGGAUCCGCACACAAAGCUGCGCUUUGCCAAUGCCGAAGAAUACGCCUCAAUGCAGCACAUGCCCUCGGACAUCAUCAACCGUUACCUGUCGGUGCGCGGCUACACCAGCGCCGUGGGAUAGUUGCUCGGCUGGCCUUAGUUUUAGUUGCUAUUUAAGGUUUAUUUUAGAAUAAUUAGAUUGUUAACUGUACGUCCUCGCUGGAUGUGGAGUAUUUCGCAACAAAUGAAUACAGCUAAAUGAGCUUUAUUGAGGCCUUUCUAUAAA